AUGAAUUUCAAUGCUAUAGUGACCGUGUUGACGGCUAUGGUCUUGGUACCAUUUGGAAACGCAUUGGCAGUUGAGGCCAAAGUAUAUGCGGCUUUUCCUUCUCCAACUAUUGAAGCUAUAAAGGCAAUGGAUGACGAAAAUCCUCCUAUUCCCACUGUCCGAGUUGUACCGCCUACAAAUAACCAACAAUCUCCUGCUCUAACACAAAUUACCCAAGUUGAUAAAGCUGGUGGAUAUGGACCGUACGUUACUUGGGAUAUCCCUCGAAUUGGGUAG